GGGGCACAACACUGGGGAUUCCGAAGGGGACAGUCGUCAGGUGCACAACGAUUGUUCCGAGUUUUUUUUUUCAACUUGUUAUUUCGUAUUUUGUAUUUCACUCAAUUUUGCAAUUGGCCGUAUCGAACCUGAAAGGGAUCGGGUGCCAUUCAACACUAAGAAGAAGAAGAAGAUACGUCAGGGGCCAGAGCGCGAAUAAUCUCAACAAAUCUCAGUAUGCUCAAUGUGAUGUGUAGGGCAGUGUUUUCGCACGUUACCUACUUGUAUAUUAAACUAGAAAAAUGAAGAAUGGCAGCAGAUUACUUCAAAUUCUCUUACAAGCUUCAGAGAAGGCAGCAAAUGUUGCCAGGGCUUGUCGACAGAAUGAGGAACUGUUUCCACUUCUAAUACAAGAAAAAUCUUCAGAAGAGAAAAAUCCGCGCUUUUUCCACGAUUUUAAAACCUUAGCUGACGUACUUAUUCAGGAAAUUAUCAAACAUGACAUAGGAGUUGAAUUUCCAGAGUUGCCUAAAUCAACGAAGGGCGAAGAAACUAACGUAUUCAAGAAUGCCGCAAAUGAAACCAUCAUCGUCGAAGUAUGCCCGUGCUGCGAAGAUACAGCAAAAUUGUUGGCCAGAGUUAUGAACGACGACGUAGCGGCAAGGUUACUCGCUACUGAAGUCCACAAGGACGUUCAGUUUUCGGAUGUAUCCACCGAUGUAAAAGAGAUUCCCACGGAUCUUGAGAUUGAUAUGAAUGAUAUUGGUAUUUGGAUAGAUCCUAUUGAUUCAACAGCAGAUUACAUAAAUGCAAUAGAGACGGUGGAUGAGAAAACCGGUUUGCACGUACGCGGUUUACGCUGCACCUGUGUAUUAAUUGGAGCGUACCAGAAGAGUACGGGAGUGCCAAUUAUGGGGAUCGUUAAUCAACCCUUUUACACCAACGUCGAUUCACGGUGGACAGGAAAAUGUCACUGGGGUAUUGCGACGAGCGACAUUACCAAAUCUUCCAUAAGCAACCCUAUAAACCUUAACGCCAAUAAACUCAUUUUGAUCAGUCAAUCCGAGGACGAAGAGGUGAGAACGAAGCUACUGGACGAAGGAUUUACACUGUUGGAGGCGACCGGAGCAGGAUACAAGCUACUGCAAGUUGCUCUUGGACACGCAGGUAUCUACAGUUUAUCAAAACCUUCCACUUACAAGUGGGAUACAUGCGGACCACAAGCAAUCUUGGCAUCGCUAGGGGGAGAUGUUAUCAAGUUUAAAGAAUUUAUCGUACGUCCAACCGCAGACGAUUUGACUAUCACUUAUCUGUCUGCCUGCACGAGUAACAACAAGUCAGGUUUGAUAGCAUAUAGAGAUGUCGAAAACUUGGAAAGUGUCAAGGAAGCACUUUGUAAACCAUGUCUUGAUACAUAAACUCUAACGUGAUGAAGAUGUGAUAAUGAUAAAACCUGACAUCCUAUAUUUCGAAGAUUUUCUCUAUCUCUAUUUUACCAUAUGACAUAUAUUUAUAUAUGGUUAUAGAUAAAUAACGCAAAUUAUAUAUUGAGUAUAAGUUGUACAAUUGAAACUCUUAUUCUAUAAAUUUUAUGGAGAAAGAUUUAAUAUAAAUAAUAUUUUCCUUAUAAAUGUUCUCUUUAUUAUUAAUUUGUGAUAUUAUCUGUACACUUUUCAAUCAGAUCUGUCAUAUAAUUGUUGUCGAUGCAUCUAACAACAUUAAGUCGAUAAAACAAUAUUAUUUAUCGCUGAUUUAUGUAAUUGUGACAAAUUGUCAAUCGCAAUGUAAUUAUUAAUGUGAACUCUGAUGUAGAUUUAGUAGGUAUAAAUGUAUCUUUAUUUUUAUUUAUUAUGCAACUCUUUGUUGUCCCUUAAAGUGACGACUCUUUAAGAAAUAUAAAUCUCACGUAAAGAUU